UGCUCCAAUGCGCUCGUCCAGCUUGUCCUACAGAGCAGCGCUGCCAUGAAGCGCUCCAGUCUUGAAAGACUGGCAGACGAGCAAACUGAGAUAUGGUAUGUCCAGGAGAAUCCUAAGAGAAAAGGGAGCGACUCAUGGAAGAGGUAUGAGGAGUACAAGCAGGCCAAAACUGUGGGCGAGGCCUUGCAGCUCGGGUCCUGGAAAGGCGACUUGAAGCAUGACUUCGACCACAGGUUUCUACACUUCAAGGAGGUGCAAGGUGCUGCGAAGCGGGCAGCAAAAGCACGUGCGACGAAAGCGACUCCGUGCCGUGAAUCCAAAGCGGUCCCAGCAGAGGAUGAGCAAGGCGAUCCCAUCGAAGAUCAAGGCAUGGCAGAGUCCGCGGAGCCUGCGGAGCCCAGCUCCAGUUCCAAGCGCCUCGCGCAGGAGCUGAAGCGGCGUAGGAGUGCUCCACGGCAAGACAAGGAGAGCCCCCAAGUGUGGAAGAAGCUGAAGUCGAAAGGCAUCCUCACAGAGAAUGAUGCAGAUGAGGCGAAGGAAGACCUUCCCCAAUCCUCUUGCGCUUCACAGCCAGGACCUACGGUGGCAGAGCGACGUCCUGCUUCGCCUUUGCAAGGCGAGCAGCUCUCGGUGGCAGACCUGUGCAGUAGACCUUCAGACUUCCAUGAAGUGCUCUCAGAAGUCGAGCAAAACGCACGAGACUUUGCUAGAGAAUGUGGACUUCCUGAAGAGGAGAUCGCGUCCACCGUGGAGGAUGAGUCAACAUGGGAGGCAGUGUCUGCUGAGGAGCCGCCUGCAGAGGAAGCUGGCAGUUCGGCUGCUCCGUCACUACUGGAUUGGCCAGAGGAGGAGUUGGUUGCAGCGGCUGAGGAGCCUGGCUGUUCGGCUCUUCCUCCAGAACUGGAUUGGCCAGAUGAAGAGGUGCUUGCAGCGGCUGAGGAGGCUGGCAGUUCGGCUCUUCCUCCAGAACUGAAUUGGCCUGAUGAGGAGGUCCUUGCAGUGACCAAGGAGGUCGUCGCGCCCAUCAGUCCCGACAGUCAGGACGCUGAUGCUGAGGAAAUCAGGCUUCGGUGUCGUUGCCAGAUGAUUAAGGUGAAGCAGGAGGUCGAAGAAAGCAGCGAACCCUCUGCGAAGGCAAGCCCUGUGGCCGUUCCGACGCCAACGGGUGAUUUGCGACAAAUCUUCCAGCAGCAGCGGGAGAGUCAGUCUCGGGCAGACGCUGAGGAGGGAAACGAAGAGGAGGAGAACGAGGAUGAUGACACUGCUGAAAAGCAGGCCUUUGAAUCUGCCCAAGAGUUGUCUCUGGAGCAAAACCGAUCGGAACGACAGCUGCGCCAGCAACAAGAGCAAGACCUGCUGCACCAAGGGAGCUUAUACCCUCUAGAAUGUCUGGAUCAGGGGUUGAUGGACUGCAUCAUCACCAGUGCAGACCUGAUCACUUGGAUAGAAAGUGUCGAGAAUCGAGUACUCCUCUACGAGUAUUUGCAGCUUCGGGCAAAGGCCAUCGCUUGGUACAAAGAGCCAGCGCAGGCUUACUUUGAUGGAAGGCGAAAUGUCAUGCUGUCGUCGAUAGAGCAGCCAGGUGCUUCUGAGGUGCUUGCAAAGUUCCUUGAAGAGGAAAUGGCGCGCACGCAAGAUGUGCAGUCGUCGCUGCUUGUUCAGUAUUUGCACAGCUCUGGUUCCUGUGAACGACAUAUAUAUAUAUAUAUUAUAGUGUUUCGUCAGGCAACUACUAAGGAAGCACUUUACGAUAUGCCAGACAAGGGGCACUACCUGCCGAAUCUGUUCAACCCUCAUGACGACAGCCUGGGCCAAGACGGCUGUGUGGACAUAGACGAGUAGCGAGUGGCCCACGCGUGAUGCCUUCUCAGUAUGGUCCGUGUGUCGGAAAUUGCGGCAUCUUUGUGGAGAAGCUGCGGGGCUUGGGCAUCUUUGCGGGGAAGCUGCGAAGCUGCGAAUGUGUCCGCCUUCAACUCGUUUUAGCAGCGGAUUGAGAGAAUCAGAGAUUGCCCGCCCAGAAGCGGUGGGACAAAGGCUUUUCUGAUUCUGUUGUGACUUGAAAACCUGCACCUCCGACACUUGCCAGAGGCUUGAUGAAUUGCAAUUGUUGCUCCCACAUCAAGGACUAACUGGUUUGUAGUCCUUUUAACGAUUUGUUCCUUCACAGCUCGCAGAAGCAUGCAAAAGUCACCACAUGAUUGG